CUCAAAAGUGAUAAACGGCGCUAAAGUUGUCUCUCUGUCUCACCGUCUCUUCAUCCACCACGUUGAAGCCGUCUCACCGUCUCUCCAUCCACAGCGAUCGAAACUCUCUCAACUUACCAUUGAACGAAGAAAAUAACUUCUCUCUCAAGGUUGAGUGCUUUAUUAUUGAAACUAUGACAUCAUCAAAAAAUGGUUACGAAACUGAAGUAAAUAAGAGGCAUUGGUUAAAAUUUGUAUUUGUUUUGUUAUUCUUGUUGGUCUGUGUCUAAAAUUAAUCAAGUUUUUUCAUGAAUUUAAGGUACGAAUGAGGCAUAGUUGUAUCCCGGUGAAUUUGAGCAACAUCAAUGAAAAGUUAACCACAACUCAUUGUAACCACAUCGAAUGCACCUCAUUCAAAUAGGCUAUGGAUGUUUCUAACAACUUCUCAAUCUCAGGUGGUUUAUUUAUGGGAGUUAGUAAGUAGAUGGGACGUACGUAGUAGGGAAUUUAGGGUUAGGGAUAGGAUAGUUCCCUUUACUCCGGUUGAUGUUUAUUUUGCUCUUGGAUUGUCUAUUGUUGGUAAGUCUCUAGUAGUAGAAGAAGACCAACAAUGUUAAACAUUAGAUCUAUUUAAAGGGGUUGAGGUAACCAUUAACAAUAGACGCAAACAACUUCAUUUCCACAAGAAAAAAUUAGUUAAUUUUGUUAGACUUUACAUAUUACUUUCAUUUAUGGAGUUUUACUUUCGCAAAACAGGGAAUAAGGUAUUUACGGAAUUUAUUAAGCAAUUGGAUGAUUUGGAUUCACUUGAUACCCAUAGUUGGGGACUUAUUGUUUAUAACUUUGUGGUUUCAAGUUUAUGUGAGUCUUCAGUUGUGUUGAAGGAGGGGAAAAACAAGACACAAAGACAUUUAAACGGGUGUGCUGCCAUAUUGCAGAUUUGGGCAUUCAACCACUUAUCUUUGGGGAAAGCACCUGCUGUUUCUAGGUUUUCUUUUUCACGUGUAUUGAAUUGGCCGGAUAUAAGUCUGCAGAAGAAAAAUAUUGAAAAAGCAUUUGAAAAAAAUAUGAUAAUUGAUAGAGUGGUUGCAACAGAGGAAGAACUAAAAUAUGACAUAGUCAAUGCUGCUCUGUUUGAACAAUGACAGUAGUUUGUGGAUGUUACUGAUUAUCAAAGAUUGGUGGUUGAGAAUAAAGAUUUCAAAGAGAGGAUAGUAGUUCUUGAGUAUGAAAUGAGGAUGAUGAAAGAGGCAGGAGUUAACACUCUGUUUGAGGACGAGGUUGUUCAAGAUGAUCGACAGCUUGUGAACUUUAUCACUAGAGAUGAAGUAGGAAUUUUUGCUGGAGAUAUUGGACAUAACACUCCAUUUAAUGGUGAUGUCAGUGUUACGGAAAACCAAUCAAAGUAUAAAUCCAACAUGGAUACAAGAAUGAGGAAGAAACCAAGGAAACAUGGAAAAAGAACUAGAAUGAGUUUGUAAAUCAUUAGUGUUGUAGUGUAGAAUUUGAUAAAUAUGUAUUACAGAAUUUGGCCCAAUUAUGAUUUGUUGUAGUGCAGAAUUUGGCACAAUGUUGACAAUUUGUGGUUGUGUUUUGUUUA